AAAAAAAAAAAAAAAAAGAAAGAAGGAAAACCAAUAAUAAAUUAAAUAAAUUUUAAGAAAUAAAAUUAAUUUAAUUUGCAAAACAAAGAAUUGCCAGAGUUCCGGAGUCAUUUUUCUGAAUAUUCAAACCUUUUUUACAAAACAGAAAAAUAAAAUAAAAAACUCCCUCCAAAAGACCUCCAACAGAUUUCCCAAUUCCCACCUAAAAAAACACCGUCACUUCAUUCAUGAUAUAUCCUCGCAAUCGUAUCUCUUGAAUCCCAGCCGUUCAUGACAGGUGGCGCAGUUGAAUAUCGGGUAGGCCUCAGAGGGCAUGCAAGCUGUAAGAUUGGAAACUGGACGGCUCAGAUUCUGCCCGAAGUGACCCCCCUGAUAGUUAGUUACUGCCUUUAAAAGAGCGGUGGCGGGUCACCAUUUUUCCGUUCUCAGUCAAGAAGGGUUCUCGAGACUCGAAAACCCUCAUCCAUUUCCUCCUCUGCAAAUAAAACACUUCUCCGAUAACUGAAUUCCCGUCGAGAAUCCCCCCCGGCCGUUGAAGUUUUUCCUGCUAUAGAGCGAUGGUUGUCCGCCAUUUUGGUGAUUGACCGCUGCAACUCGACACUCUUAGCUGCUUUCCGAUCAUUUUCUUGUUCGAUCGUGUGUCUGUCAUGACGUCAGCCGUUUUUCCCGGCCGGAGUGAGCAUCAUUGGAGCCAGCUAGACGGUAAUCUGAGACAACUUAGCGGUAAUCGACAUUUUCCUCCCCGACUGACCCCCGGCUCUGCACAUGGAACGCCAAUUUCCCGCCCGAAUUUCGGCCUCACCGGCCCGGUUUCUGAUCUUACCACCGGAACCGCCGUUCUACCGAGCAAUGCGCCAUCGCCAAGGCUUCAUCCGUGGCCUUCGGUGGUUUUCGAUGCCCCGCCGUCGGCAAGCCGGAACCAAGAACCCGUUCAGUCCAAAGAUUCUUUCCGCAGAGAACACGUGACAUUUCAUCUCUUCUCUUACUCAGAGAAUGAGCGGGAAGAGCUGAAAACGCGACUAAUUUCUGACCGAAAUCGGGUUCGGGCCAUGUUGACCCGGAUUGAGAACCAAGAAAUCGGGUCAGUGCCUGGUUCCGUUCGUCCCCAGGUUAAUAAUAACCUGUCUUCCAAGACUAAGCAGAAAUCACCGGACCCUCAAACGGCGGAGCGCCGCCCAAAUGGCCGGCCUACCCCGGCGGUUACUGCAAAUAGGAAGAUUAAUCCUAAAAUUGGGGGCCAUAAGCAAGUCGUAGCUUCAAUUGGCGGCCGAGAAACAAAGCUACGGCCUACGGCGGCGCCCACUAAGGUGACGGCGUUGGGUUCAAUGAUGAAGAAAUGUAAGCAUAUUCUGAACACUCUAAUGACUCAGCGCCAUGGCUACGUGUUCAAUAAACCUGUGGAUGUUGCGGCUCUGAAAUUGUACGACUACUACGAUGUUAUUAAGCACCCAAUGGAUCUUGGGACGAUCAGGGCGAAAUUGGAGAAGAAGGAGUACAAAUCAGCCCAGCAAUUUGCCGCCGACGUGAGACUGACUUUUGACAAUGCCAUGACUUAUAAUCCCAAGGGUUCCCAGGUGCAUACCAUCGCCGAGUCUAUGCUUUCGAGCUUUGAGAACAUGUUCAAGCGGGAUCUUCAGCAGUACAUGGCCCCAAGGCGGCAAGUCAGUCCUCCAGACAAGAAGAAAAAUUCUAGCGGUGCUAAUCGGAGCUCUCCGGUUCUGGUAUUGAACUCGCCUUUGUCUCAAGAAGAGCCGGCUCCAUUGCCUCGCAUUCCACAAAGUGAAACAGGGAAAUCGCUAAAGCCGAGGGCUAAGGAUUCAAACAGGAGGAAGAUGUCAAUGGAGGAGAUAGUAGAGUUAAGGGAAAAUUUGCAGAGAAUGCCAGGGGAAAAGAUGGAACAGGUGUAUAACAUUGUCAGUAAAAGGAACCAUAAUUUGGUUCAGGAUGGUAAUGAGGUUGAGAUUACGGUUGAGGAUCUUGACGAUGAGACACUGGGGGAAUUGGAUCGCUUGGUGAGUAAUCAUCACAAGAAGGAAAUGAUGAAGACGAAGGAAACUGAGUUUCAUUUGGACGAGAUCUUAUUGAUAUCAGAAGAAGACCCUGAGCCAAAGGGAGUAAAUGGUCUGCUUAUGACUCCAGGUAAUAAGGCUCCUCAGGAAUUAACCAUGGAGAACGACAAGAGAGAGAACUCAGGAGCAGAAGAGUAUGUUGACAUUGGAGAGGAUGCUCCACUAAAUGAAUUUCCUCCUGUGGAGAUAGACAGGGAUCCUGAUGAUGCUGAUACUGGAUCAAGCAGCUCCAGCAGUGAUGAUUCAUCGUCUCAUGGUAUUGCAUUGAUAAAUUGCUUUACAAUGCUGUUGUGUUUCUUUUCUAGGCAUUUGGGGUUCCACAAGAAUAGUGUGUUUCCUUCUAAGCAAUGAAGUUUUUGUCAUUGGUUCAUUUGCAGGUUCGGAUUCAGGCAGUUCAUCAUCGGAGAGCGAUUCUGACUGCUGAAGUGUAUUACUGAUGCCGGUGGGAAGUUUUGGAGCAAUCUUUUUGGAGAAAUGGAGUAUUGAGUUGCAGUAUUUGGGAGUGCAUCAUCUUUGGUGGGAAAGAAAUGGAUUGGCUGUUCAUGGAUUGGUUGCAGCUAUGUAGGUACUGUGUAAAAAUGGUAACUUGAUUUGAUCCACCAAUAAAGUUUAGGAUAACAGGGCUGAUGAGAUUAGGGAUGACACGGGUAGUGGAAGUACAAUUUAGGGAGAAACGUCCAACAAAGGUCAUAUUAGUCCAUUAGUAGUAGUAGGACAAGUACAUUUUGAUAAAACAUUCUACGCAAAAGCGGAAAGAGCAGUAGAACUGUAUAGAGGAAAAUAUGCAGAAGUUCUGGGCAGAGAGGCCUUCUCAAGAUAAUAGUAACAAAGGAUCUUCUUUGCCCUUCCUACAAUUUGCCUCAAGCAUAUACUUCGGUUUUGUUUUUAGACUUUUAUAGUGGACCCAUCUGCAAAUCAGAGGCCUUCUUAAUUUUUUUAUUUUUAUUUUUUUUUGAACAAACUUCCCUCUCUAAUUAAUCACUACUCAGGCUAUCUUAACAUAUUGUAAUCUUGACUCUGGGAUGGAUUUGAUUAUCUUGAACGUGGGAUGAAUUCUAUCACUAUCUCAACCAUGUAACUCUAAUAAUAAGUUUGGACCUUAUGAUCAAUCCUGCUACCACUAAAUUUGAAUAAAUGUCAUCUCAACAGUCUUAAUACAUAAAUCAACUGUAUGAAGGGUUUUAUCAUCAUCUUAACCACACAGGUUAAAACCAUGAAAUUAUCUUAUCAUUAAUUUGAUCCACAUAUUCACCUGUUGGUGGAUUUCAUUAUCAUCAUAGUAUUAGAAGGUUGUGAUCAUCAUUUGACCAUUUCCAACAGAUGUGAUGAAAAUGAAAUUCAUCUAACCGUUUAUAUGUAAAUAAAAUUAGUGAUAAAAAUAAGAUACAAUUGUUCUUGCAUUAAUCAAUUGUUGAUGAAAUGGAUGGACAAUGCGAAAGUUAAGAUGUGGAUACAAUAAUAAUUAUUUGAUUACAUCCAAUAAUUUUGAUGAUGAUAAUACCCACUGUCCAGAUGGUGAAGAUAUCUAUAAUAUGGUUAGACGAUGGAUUGAUUGAUAAUAAUGUCCAAACAAAUUUGUGACUAUACAUCGGUCGAAAUAGUGAUCCUACAUCCCAUGGUUUUGAAACUAUGAAAUUCAUUUCGAGUUCCGACCAUUGAGACAUUGACAACAUUCAUUCGAGAGUCUAUAAAAAUUUGGAAUGUCAACACAAGCCCCAAACACAGAACAAUUCCUUCACCUUCGAUUUAUCUUAAACAUUUAUCCUCAAUCAGCAAAUCAUUAAAGAGUAAAUUGGACGAAAAUCUUUCAUUUGAGAUUUUAUAUAUAUAUAUAUAUAUAUAUAU